AAUGCAUUCAUUCAAAGAUUUAGACAUCACUGAUACAGAAAAUGAACAAUUAUAAUGUAAUUAACAUCAAAAGGAUAUAAUAAAAGUUUGUUUAUCACGUAAUUAUAUAUAUAAAAUAAAAAGCGGGUUGCGAUCAAUUGAAAUUUUGUCAGUCAUGUCUAUCCAGCCACAAUUCUUCUCACAAAGAAAUUACAAUUUAUUAGUUAUUUAAAGAAGUCCAAUGUAAGCUUAAGACAGAUUGUAGAGUUGAAAAGUCAAAGGAUAAGUUUGAUAUUGUAUUCAAAAACAUUUAAGACAUGAGAUUACAAGUUCAUCAAAUAUUUAAUUAAUUGGAACAUGAUAUAAAGUAAUAUUUGAUUGAAAAAAUUAAUAUUGAUGAACUCAACUAAAAUUACCAAACUUUAAUAAAUAUCAAUGAAAACAAUUACAUUCAACAUAUUCCAAUACUUAAACUCUAUUAUCUCAAUCCAAGAAUAUUUAUUGAUGGAUAGAUAUAAGUGUCUUAUGUGGAAGAUUAAAUAUUAACAAAAUUGUUAAUACUAAAUGAAAAACUUAAAUAAUAAGUUGAUAAACUAAGAAAUGAUGCUGAACAACUUUUUGAGAUUAAAACUCGUAAAGCUAGUGAACAUAAAUAAGAAGAUUCUAUUUAAUUAUUAACUACUAUUAAUGGACAUGAAAAUGUAGUAAGAUGUGUUAUCAAAUUACAUAAUGGAGAUUAUGCAACAUCAUCAAGAGAUAAAACUAUAAAAAUUUGGAAUUAGAAUACUUUUUAAUGUAUAUAAACAUUAAGGGAUCACAUUAAUUGGGUAUAAGAUCUAACAUUAAUUCCUGAUAAUAAAUUUGCUAGUUGCUCAGAUGAUAAGACUAUUAAGAUCUAUACUUAAUUCAUCUAAAAUCAAAAAGAUAAUAGAUUUUAAUAAACACUUUGGGAAUGUGUAAACACAUUAAGAGGACACGAAUCUUAUGUAGUUAGAAUUGUAUAUAAUGAUUAAUUCAAUUAUCUUAUCACUUGUUCUACAGAUGGAACUUUGCGUUUAUGGGAUCCAUCAUAAAAGAAUGCUCUAACAGUAUUAUAAGGACAUGAAAAUUGUGUAUAUACUUUAGCCACCAAAAAAGACUUAAUUGUUUCAGGAGAUGAAGGUGGCUAAUUAAUAGAAUGGUCAUUGAAUCACAUGAAAAUUGAAAAUAAACAAAAAAAACAUUCAGGAUGUGUUAAUUCUAUUUUGAUUAAUUCUUACAUUUAUUCUUGUGGAGAUGAUCGUAAAGUAAACAUUUGGGAUAUUGACCUUUAAUUUAUUUAUGUUAUUGUAAUAAUUUAUUGUUAUAAUACUUAGCAAUUAGAAAGAGCAGAAUUGGAAUCAUUAUAAUUUAUUAAUGAUGAACUAAUUGUGGGGGGAGAUGAAUAAGGAUAUCUAUAAUUAAUUAAUCCUUUUUAACGAAAAGUGAUUUCAGAAAUCCCUGUUCACAAUGAUCGUAUAUACAAAAUUAAGUAUUAUGAUGGAAUCCUAUGCACAGCUAGUUCAGAUUUGUCUGUCAAGUUAUUCAAGUUUAAUAUUUGAGUU